AUGACGCGCGACCCGUCCGGACAGCGUUUCCUGACGUGCGCCGCCGCCGCUGUUCUGCUGCUGACAGCGUCGUGGACGUCCAUGGCGACGACGGCCGGCCGGCACGUGUCCAACCUGAACGGAAACUGCAUGCGGUGCCUGUGUUACGCGUCCACCCUGUGCAACAUGACCGUGGGGUGCUCGCGCGGUUACUGUGGUCCUUACUACCUGUACCGCGAUUACUGGAAGGACGCCGGCCAGUUGGUGGUGGGUGACGACGACCCGGACCGGGACCAGGCGUUCGUUGACUGUGCUUCGAACAUGGAAUGCUCACAAAAGGUCGUCGAGAACUACAUGGUCAAAUGGGGACGGGACUGCAACAGAGACGGAGUGACGGAUUGCGACGAUUACGCGAGGAUUCACUUCAACGGCCGGGAAGACUGUUCGGCCAUCGAUAACACCAAUUACUGGAGGCGAUACGAAACGUGCCGGCCGGUCAGCAACAGAGGAAAGUUUAACUGA